AUGGCGCUCGCCAUGAAUGUCUCCGCUGACCGUAUGGAGAUCUUUACCAAGUGUACUCUGGGCUGUGAUAGCUCAGACGCCUUCUUCUACACAGACUAUGGCGCCUACAAAGUCAAUGCCAACGAAGGCUGCCGAAGUACCUCGGUGCCAGGCAUGGUCGAGUUCUGUGUAGACUGGGGCAAGAGGCGUUCGCACUUCAGGUUCUCUGGGCAAAACAAGCGCUGCCUCAUCCAGGACUCGGAAAGUGCCUAUGGCUGCGCAUACAAUUCGUGCUGGAAGACGACCUGGAAGGAGAUUUCCUGCCACUGGCGCGAGGCCCCAAAUCCUGAUAUCGAGAAAGAGCCUGUGUCUUCUGCUGCUGCAGCCAAGGCAACUGCGAGUGCGUUCACCGCCUAA